CAGGAAACCAUCAUCGACAACAGAUGGCGUCUCGACGGCAUCAUCGGCCAAGGCGGCUUCGGCAGCGUCUACAUCGCAACCGACAUCCUCACCAACCAAAUCGUCGCCAUCAAGCUCCAAUCCCUCCCCAUCCCCCACAACCCCUCCCAAGUCGACGACCUCGAGCACGAAUCCCUCUUCUACACCCUCCUCCGCAACGACCCCGGCAUCGCGACCUUUCACGCAAACGGCCGCAGCAUCCCUUCCCUACCCUCCUCUUCCUCCUCCUCCUCCUCCUCCUCAUUCGAGUACAUGGUCUGCGAGCUCCUCGGCGCAACCCUCCAGAACCUCUUCUUCCGCUGCGGCAACAAGUUCUCGCUCAAGACGACGCUCAUGCUGGCCGACCAGCUGAUUACCCGCCUGGAGGCUUUCCACUCGAGGAACCUGCUGCACAGGGACGUCAAGCCGGAUAAUUUCGCCAUGGGAUUCGGUGCGGAAAAGGGAAAGACGGUGUAUAUCCUCGACUUUGGGCUGGUGGGUGAUUAUUUAAACGACCACGACGACGAGAGGACUGUGUUGGCGCCGAGUUAUGCGUUUUGCGGGAGUUAUUACUGGGCUGCUAUAUCGGCUCACCUCGACCGUUCCCAAUCCCCAAAAGACGACCUCGAAUCCCUCGCCUACAUGCUCAUCUACUUCGCCCGCGGCUCCCUCCCCUGGCAGGGCUACGCCGACCCGGACGAGCCCACAAGCGCCAUGCGCGAGCGCAUCACCCGCCUCAAGCUCAGCAUCCCCGUCGACGUCCUCUGCGAGGGCCUGCCCUCCGCCUUCGCCCGGCACCUCAAGUACGUGCGCUCGCUGGGGUACAAGGACAGGCCCAACUAUGGCAAGCUGAGGGCUAUGUAUCGGAGGCUGAUGGAGAGGAAGGGGUACGAGUAUGAUGGAGUGUUUGACUGGGAUGAC